UUUUUACGUGUUGUGACUUUCGUCUGUUCAUGCGAGGGUGGGAGCGUUAGGAACCAAACAGUUUGAACUCAAACGGCUCUUCAGAAGCGAAUUGGGGGCGCAGAGGAGAUUUAUUGCUAUAGCAAGUUGCAACUAUAAUGGCCGGUACCGCCACAAAAACUGUGCACGAUAUUUUUCAAAGCAUGGAGUACGGACCAGCAGCAAGUUCCAGCACUGUCACUGCACAGGCCUGGCUGGAUCAUCAUUCUCGCGCUCUGGGUCUGUUUAUUGACGGCAAGUUUGUCCGUCCAGCAGACAGACGGACUCGCUCACUGAUGGACUCCAGGGGUGGCCUCGUGUGCAGUACGGUGUGCGCUGUGGAGGCUGAUAUUUCCCGGUGUGUAUCCUCUGCCAUUCAGGGCUUUGAGGCCUGGAGUGGCCUGUCCUGCUACCAAAGAUCCAAAGUCCUACUCAGGUUGGCGAGCACUCUCGGGCAACAUGGCCAGAGUGUUACUGAGCUGUGUGACAUGUGUCAAGCCCCCAUCUCCUCCUCCACCCUUGUGAGAAUGUUGCAGUACUACAGCAGCUGGGCUCAGCUCAGAGACACUCUCAUCACAAAUUGGACGCCACUGGGUGUGGUUGCUGUGGUUGUCUCUGAUGACUGCACUCUCUAUUCCCUGUUGCUUAAAGUCUUACCAGCGCUAGCAGUGGGUAACGCUGUCAUCAUUGUCCCUGGUCAGAGCACCUCCGCUCCAGCGCUUCUACUGGCUCAACUUUUUAUGGCAGCAGGCGUUGCUGCAGGAGCCCUCAGUGUUUUAACUGGCAGUGACAUGUCGCUGGCUGCUGACGUGGCCCAGAACCCCAGCGUCAGCUGUGUCACCUACAGUGGCAACAAGCAGGACGGCGUGAAUCUUUGUAAAGCCACAGCAGGGAUGGGUCUGCCAGUCUCUGUCUCGCCAAACGUUGGCGCCACAUGCCCCAUUAUUAUUUUUGAGUCUGCUGAUAUCAACAGUGCGCUGGAUGACGUGAUAGAGACUGUCUUCAAGAAGAAGAAAGAGGUGCAUUGGGUGUUGUGUGUGCAGGAGAGUGUGCUGGACAGCGUGGUGGCCCGUCUACAGAUGCGCAUGGUGGGCUUGAAGUGUGUGACUCUUCCCAGCAAUGACGCCAGGCUGCUAGUGGACACUACAGUGCAGGAAGCUCAACGCAAGGGGGCUACGUUGGUGCCAUCCUGCGCUGUCCCAUCUGCUGGUGUCCAGUAUCCUCCCACAGUGCUCUGUGGAGUGGCCCCCUCCUCUCCAUGUGUUGUCACACCUUCUCCUGGGCCGCUGCUUCCUCUUAUGACCUUCAGAAGCAACACAGAAGCAGUGACUCUCGGGAAUCACAGCCCACAUGGCCAAGCAGCUUCGAUCUGGACUGAAGACCUCACUCUGGCUUUGGAGACGGCAAAGAGUCUUUCAGUUGGCUCUGUGUGGGUGAACUCCCACCCUCUAUCCGAUCCAUGUUUUCCUUUUUCGGGUCACAAAGACAGCGGCACCUGCACCGACGGAGGGCAGGAGGGUCUGUAUCAGUUUCUACGACCGUAUUACACUUCCGCUCUCCCUCGUGCUUCACCGGUUGCUAUGGACUAUACAAAGUUUGGAACUGAUGCCCCCGAAGUUAUCAUUCCGGAUGACACAGCAGGUACGCCAAAGUCCUACUCCCAGUUAAUCGCUGGAAAGGCAUCCAAAGCAGAGUCCGGCUGCAAUGUGGCGGUUUAUCCACAAGGAGGCGGCAGCGUGCUAGGCUACUGUCCUGAUGGCGGCCAGAAAGACGUCCGUAAUGCUGUGGAAGCAGCUAUCAAAGUUCAGCCUGGUUGGAUGAAAAAGAGUCCAUCUGCACGCGCUCAGUCCAUCCAGUCUCUGGCCAAGGGUCUUGAGGGAAAAAGGCGAGACAUCGCAGCAUCAAUCAGCAGCCAAACUGGUCUCCCAAUGGAAGAAGCUGACAUGGAGGUGGAGCUCAGCAUCGCCAGGCUCAGUGAUUGGGCGGCGUACUGUGACAAAGUUCGCGGCGGAACUCUGCCCGUGCCACAGUCUGGCUCGGGCUUCUCCAUCCCUGAAGCCCUGGGGGUUGUAGGGGUGGUCCUACCUGACAAGCAACCCCUCCUCUCCAUGGUAACAAUGCUUGGGGCAGCCAUCUCCACAGGCAACGCCAUCAUCAUGGUACCCAGUGAGAAGUCUCCACUACCAGCACUGACAUUUAUUCAGGUGCUCCUGUCUUCAGAUCUGCCAGCAGGCUUGGUCAACAUCAUUACAGGAAGAAGAGACCAGCUGACAAAGGCUCUGGCAAAUCACAGCGUAAUAAAGGCCAUCUGGUAUUGGGGCAGCCGUGAGGGCUGCCAGUACCUCCGAUACACCUGCACCAGCCCUCUGAAAACACUACACCUGUUCUGCCAAACAGACAAGGAUGGGAAAGAUGGCAACAGAGACUGGACUCACAAUUCUGUCUUAGAGGAGAUGUGGAGAAACGCCGUCCAGUGGAAGAGUGUGUGGAUUCCUACAGCAUAAAAACACCAACUACAAAAAAAUUAAGGUGACUAGAAAUGUAGUUUUUACUCUUCCAAUAUCAACUUAUGGAGUUUUACAUACACAGUGGAACCCGCUUAUGUCAGCCAACGAAGCCCUGGUCCACCAUGACCAUCAAAUCUCAGACCCAAACAGGUUCUAUGAAAAUGGGUCUGUUUAUGUUGACAUGUGUCGGACUGUAGUAUCAUUAACCCCCUCAUGAUCACUAAGCAGUGUCAAACUGUGUCUAGUUACACGGCAUUAAAAUGUGCACACAUUGACUUCCUGUUCAAACUAAGCUUCAAAAUAAAAGCAUGGAAGUAUUAACCUGGAUUCUACCACAGCAACUAACAAAAUACACGUACGAAAGCUUUGUCAUUGUAGCCAAGACAUCAGUGGACAUUUCAGGUAUCAACUUAUUGCCACCCCCAUGUGAGGAAUGGUCUCACCUCGGCCACCCCCCAAUGAAAAAUGUCUGACUGCGGCACUGGAAAGCAUACAACAAAAUCACAGCAGAUACUCUCAGAUAAGAGUAUAAAAUAUCAUACGACAACAGAAGAAUCUCAGUGAAUGACAUGCAGAAAUGCAGAAAACCACGCUAACAAAGUGAAAUAUUUAUUAUCGCUAGGGGUGUCACAAGAUCCUGCGAGAUUAAAACGUGACAAGAUUUCUCGUUCAGAAAAAAAAAAAUAAGGCCUGCGACGAUAAUAAAUGAAUUCAUCACACAUUAAAUGAAAAUGAACUAGGUCAUUUUGCCGGCCUCAGUAUAUUGCCAUGUGCAUGCGUGUCUGUUUUCAUCGUCUCUCGCCUCCAAACAGGCAGGAAGAGGGUUCACUCUGUGCAUUGGUGUCAGCGCCUUGACACAUUUGUUCCAUAGAACAGCAUGAACGGAGUGAGCCCUUCUGGCAUACAGUUUCUUUGUUGUAAUGGGUGGAGGCGGUGCCGCUAGCAUACACACGGUGCAGAGUGUAACGUCGUAGAAAUUCAAUUAAUAGACUGCAGUAUGUUGUCAUAAAUAUUUAUUUAGAUUUUUAAUUUUACUUAUUUUCUUAAUUAAUGUUAAAAUGUCAUAUUGUCUCGUCCUCGUAGGCCUAAUCUUGUGUACCGUCUUGUCUUGUGAAAUGAGUGUCUCCAGACACCCCUGUUAUCGCCCAUUCUCCUUAUGUCUGUAGCGACGUAAAUGUGCAAUCAAAAUCUAGUUUUGGUUCUUACGACAACCGCUUAUGUCGACACCAGUCAGACUGUUUUAGGGGUGUCGACAUAAGCGGGUUGCACUGUAAUUUGACGAUUUAAUAAAAAAUGUUACCAACUUUAAGUGUAAAAAGUUUAUUAUAAAAAAAAGAUAUCCCUGUGAAUUAUGUAAAUGUGCUUCCAAUGAACAACUAUUAUGGUUGUUUUGGAAAGUGCAUUAAAAAAGCUUCGUUUUUUUUCUUUUUUAGCUAACUCAUUAAACGUAUGAUAUGACACCAGAAAGCUAAAAUAUUUGGUGCAUCGACGAAUAAAUAAAUGCUCAUCUAUCUGUGUAAAUGUAGCCUCCAAAAGGUUGAAAAUGCUCCGUAAACAUCCGAUCAAUAUGUUGUCGAGCAAUGACUGAUAAGGCCUAAAUCAAGUGAAGGCCAAAGGUCAGUUUGUAGAGUUUUACAACAGUCAGCAGCAGAGAGAGUAGACUGGCAGAACAAGCAGUAACAUUUUAUAAAAUGGCACUUCCAACAAUGAUGGUGAUUUAUUUAUGCUGACUUUCUGUGGAGUUUGCAUGUUCUCCCCGUGCGUGUAUGGGUUUUCUCCGGGCACUAUAAGCGGCACAGAAAAAGGAUGGAUGGACUUUCUGCCAACAUGUUCUGCUCUCCUACCUCAUGUUGCUCACACGUGUACAGAAUGUUAGAUCAUGUGUGACAGCUACACUGACCAUGGAUACACUAUUCUGUAAUAAGAGAUUUCAAUGUAACUUGAAGGUACGACAUCCCAGAUUGUUUCACUGUACAGCUUCAUCUUCUCCAUGUUUUUGAGCAGCAUUGUCAAAAAUGAAUCCUGUAGAGCACAUGUGUCAAUGGAGGGCCGAGACACUGCAGGUUUUUUCUCCAACCAGUUUCUCCAGCAGGUGUUUUAAUUGAUGAUAUUGAAGGUGUUGUUGUGACCGGCUGGAACGAAAGCCUGCAGCGUCUCGGCCCUCCAUGGCAUGAGUUUUAUACCCCUGGUGCAGAGUGUGUCCUCUUCAAAUAACAUGUUGCCUUUACGACUGUAAUAUAAUAAUUGAGCUUAUAAACAUUCCGUUGUCAAAUAAGCCAUAGUCCUUUCUGUUUAAAAUGUAGAAUUAAAAUAUGACUUGAGUUGGUUUUUUUCCCCGUUUCUGUCUGGAGACUUGCAAAUGUAAGGUGGUCCUCGGGUUAGGUAUGAGCUCCAUCGCCAGGCUGUGAUGCAAGUUGAGUUUUAGUGGAAAUGUAAGUUGCAGAUGAUACCUAAAUUAACUCCUGAAUCAGUCACACUAUACAUGGAACACAUGAAGCACAUAUAAAAUAGAAUGAAAUGAAACGGUAAUAACAAAGACAACUCCUUACUUUUAUCCCUGUGGUUGUUCUACCUUCUUCAACUAUUGUCCCAGCCUACUCUGGAAGGAUCACCUCCACUUCUUCUCCCAGAUCUCCUUUUAACAGCGCAUUGAAUCUAUGACCCCUCUAGCCAUUAGAGUACUGUAGUUGGGACCAAAAGAGUGGCCAAUAUCGAUGAGCGUUUCUCCUAUCUCUGAGCUUUUUAUGUUAAUUUUCACUUCCAUGGUGAUGGCAUUGCUUUUCUUUGGCGCACCGCCUGCUUGGUAGACAACUAAGCAAUGCAUCAUGAAAAGUCUAUACAUUUUUUUUUUAUUCUAAAGGUGCCAUAAUUUAGAUUGCUGUGCAAUUUGUUGGUCAAUGUUUUUGUUGUUGAUUUUUUUUUAGAUACUAUUGAACUUAGUGAUACAUAGGAAUGACUAUCAGGUACAUUCCACUGUUCAAGUAUAGUAUAAGUAUGUGGAAAAAUAAAAGAAUAAAAAGGAGAUUACACAAAAUACUACCAGUUACCAGCCUUAUAUAACGUGAUUUUGUUUUGUGUGAUCUAUGAUUGGACUUGCAAGAAACUGAGAAAUAUGUAAAAAAUAUAUAUUGAUGGCUUAAGGCUUUUCUGCACAGCUCUGUAUAAUAAAAUGGAGAAACAAAAAUGCAUGAAAAUACCACAUUGUGUCAUUUAUGUUGUACAAGUCCACCCUGAACUCUACACAUCUUGUGCAAUUCUCUUCUUUCCCCCCCUUUUGCGUUUUGUUCCUGCCAGCAGAGCCAUGAGGUCAACUUCCUGUCAGACAUCCCCCGGUCACAAGAUCCCUCCCCUAGGAACCCAUGACAGUGCAAAAACAAAAAAAGGUUAAAAGCUUGCAAUGGCAAGAUGCUGAGUCACAACAAUGACACAACAAAAUCUUCCCCCGCUACAAAUUCACAAAGUCAGGGUACAGCGAAAGGGCUGUGUAUUAACUUGCAGUGCUGAGUAACUGUGACUCAGCAAAAGUCAGAGUACGUUUUAUGGUGUCUUAUGUUAGCAAAUGUUUAAUAAUUCUAUCUCAUGUAGAAGACGUAUCAGGCGUCUGAAUGUGGAUGUGUGCUUUUUGUUUUCAGUGUGGCAAUGCAAAUUAUGAAUAUAAAAUAAGAGGAAAGAUAUUAAAGAUAAAUGAACAACAACAUGCUGGAGUAAGAAAUUGGACAGAAAUGCACAAUUCAUAAACAAAUGGUGGCUAGAGAUUAAGUGAUCUUGCCAAUUUCUAUCCACUUAUACAGUUGCUCUUACUGAUGCUAAAAGUGACCUUUGCUCUGUAGUUCAGAAAUAAGGCUGUGUUAUUGAGCAAUGCACAAUUAUCAGCAGAUGUCAUGUGAUUUAUUUGUACGGCAAAAUGCUUUAAUUAUCUAACAUGGUGUCUGAAUAAUUACAUAUUUUUAGUGU